UAUUGAGAGAGAGAGAGAGAGAGGGCUUUUUCGUUUUGCUCUGCUUUUUUCUUUUCUUUUCUUUUGAGCUGUGAAGGAUAGAAGGAUUGUUCUGCAGUUGGAUUGUUCUAGAGAUAUUGUGUGAAGGUACAUUGAACAUGAAUAUUUAAGCCAAGUGAAAACCAAAUCUUGAACAAGAGUUAAUCUUGCAGUAUACAAAGAUUCAAUAAUGGGGAGCUCGGAAGGAGGUUUUCUGGACACGCAAACACCGGAUAGUUUUCAAUCUGGUGAUUUCUCAUCAGUUUUGAAAAGCUAUGGAGUGUAUGGAAAUAUUGCUGUUCUUGUUGCUGGGAUACUUACACCCAUAAUUCUUUCCUCUCUGCUUUUGGGAAAUAAAAGGGGAAAACAAAGAGGAGUUCCUGUAAAUGUUGGUGGAAAGGCAGGUUAUGCAGUACGCAAUGCGCGUGUAACUGAAUUGGUCGCAGUUCCUUGGGAAGGAGCGACAACUAUGGCAGCUCUGUUUGAGCAAUCUUGUAAAAAGAAUUCACGAAAUCGAUUUCUUGGAACAAGGAAGCUAAUUAGUAAGGAAUUUGUCACCGCAAGCGAUGGUAGGAAGUUUGAGAAGCUUCACCUGGGGGAUUAUGAAUGGCAGACUUAUGGUGAGGUAUUAGAUCGUGCAUCCAACUUUGCUUCUGGGCUUGUCAAAUUAGGCCACAAUGUUGACACUCGUGCCGCAAUCUUUUCCGAAACCAGGGCAGAGUGGUUGAUUGCUUUCCAGGGAUGCUUUCGACAAAAUGUUACUGUUGUUACUGUUUAUGCAUCUCUUGGUGAGGAUGCGCUAAUCCAUUCACUCAAUGAGACCUCUGCAACGACUUUGAUAUGUGAUUCUAAGCAGCUGAAGAAGUUGGCAGCAAUAAGAACAAGCCUUCAAACGAUUCAGAAUGUUAUAUAUAUUGAGGAUGAUGGAAGUUCAAAGGAUAAUGGAUUGUUUGAAAGUUUGAGCGACUGGACAGUUGCAUCCUUUUCUGAAGUUGAGAGGCUUGGUAAGACGAGUCCUGUUCCUGCAAACCUACCCUCUAAGAAUGGAAUUGCAGUUAUUAUGUACACAAGUGGCAGUACGGGUUUGCCAAAGGGAGUUAUGGUAACGCAUGGCAACAUUGUAGCAACUGCUGCGGCAGUUAUGACAGUGAUCCCAGGAAUUGAUAGCAAAGAUGUAUACUUGGCAUAUUUGCCCCUGGCUCAUGUUUUUGAACUGGCAGCAGAGUCUGUCAUGUUGGCUGCAGGAUGUCGAAUUGGUUAUGGAUCACCAUUGACUUUCACAGACACUUCAACUAAAAUUAAGAAGGGAACUAGGGGAGAUGCUUCUGUGCUAAAGCCAACUCUCAUGGCCGCAGUUCCGGCUAUUCUGGAUCGUGUUCGAGAUGGAGUUUUGAAAAAGGUUGAGGAUAAUGGGGGUCUAGUAAAGACUCUUUUCAAUGUUGGAUAUAAACGUCGACUGGCAGCAGUGGAAGGAAGCUGGUUUGGGGCUUGGGGGCUUGAGAAAAUGUUAUGGGAUUUUGUUGUCUUCAAAAAAAUACGUACUUUACUUGGAGGACAGCUUAGAUUUAUGCUCUGUGGUGGAGCUCCUUUAUCCGGGAAUUCACAACGUUUCAUCAAUAUCUGCAUGGGGACUCCUAUUGGUCAAGGAUAUGGCUUGACAGAAACAUUUGCAGGAGCUGCUUUUUCAGAGGCAGAUGACACAACAGUGGGCCGUGUUGGACCACCCCUUCCUUGUUCCUACAUUAAGCUUGUGUCUUGGGAAGAAGGUGGCUAUAUGAUGUCUGACAAACCGAUGCCAAGAGGAGAGAUCCUUGUUGGUGGACACAGUGUAACUGCUGGUUACUUUAAGAAUCAAGAAAAGACUGAGGAAGUGUACCAGGUUGAUGAGAAUGGUAUGCGUUGGUUCUAUACUGGAGAUAUUGGAAGAUUUCAUCCUGAUGGGUGCCUAGAGAUUAUUGAUAGGAAGAAGGACAUUGUUAAACUUCAACAUGGAGAAUAUAUUUCUCUUGGAAAGGUUGAAUCUGUGCUAGUGUUGAGUAAUUACGUGGACAACAUUAUGUUACAUGCGGAUCCCUUUCACAGCUACUGUGUAGCUCUAGUUGUUCCUGUACAUCAAGUUCUUGAGAAGUGGGCCAAAGAAGCUGGCAUCGAUUAUAAGGAUAUCCAUGACCUGUGUGAGAAAGCUGAAGCGAUAAAUGAGGUUCAACAGUCCCUCUCCAAGGUAGGAAAAGCUGCAAAACUGGGCAAGUUUGAACUUCCUGCUAAGAUUAAGUUGCUUGCAGAUCCGUGGACACCCCAGUCUGGAUUGGUCACUGCGGCUCUAAAGAUAAAGAGGGAACAGCUGAAGUCCAAGUUCAAAAAUGAGCUCACAAAGUUGUAUGAAUGAAGGAGUGAAGUAAUGCAGUGGUUAAACAAUAAUAUUCUCUAAUUUCUCUUCCUAUAUGUUGAAUUAGAUGGUCAUCGUGUUCCUUUUCUUUUUAUUUUUUGUUAAAGCUCACUUUUCUGAUAUCCGAGCAAUAUGAGACUUU